AUCAACACCUCCGCGCACUUUAUCCGGAAAUAUCGUUUUGAGAAGUUCCUCCGGAGCUUCCGGUCUGUUAAUCCACUUGUUGAGCAGAGGAGAGGGGCGGGGAAGCGCUUACGGACUUACAUUUUCACCAGAACUCCAAUCAUGUCGCGGGCAAACGGGUAAACGGCGCCCAGACAGAGCAGCAAAGCCGGCAGUUGAGCACCAUGUUGAGUUUGAGCAGAGCUGGUAUCGUCGGCGCCUCCGUCGCUGUGGCGGGAGGAGUCGCUUAUCUUAUCUGGAACUAUGCGUCCUCCUCCGGGGAGGAGAAGCCCGAAACACGCCUGGGAGAGGUCGGUGAAAGUGACAGAGAGCAGCGGGAAGGAGAGAAGGAUGAAAUAAGAGAGGAAGAGACUCCGGUGAUUAAAGCUCAGCAGCAGCAGACACAGUGUGCUGAGCCCACAACGGCCGUGGUUGAACCUGUAGCAGCUGCUGAAGUUCGGAACACAUCACAGUCCCAGCCUGUGGAGUCAAAGGGAACACAGGUUCUGGUUCUGGGUCUCGAUGGAUCCGGAAAGACCAGCCUGCUGCAGUCUUUGUCCACCGGCCGCCUGGAGCAGGACAUACAGCCGACACAGGGCUUCAACGCCGUCUCCAUCAACAAAGAUGACUGCUAUAUCGAGUUUCUGGAAAUUGGAGGUAAAGAGGAUCUACGGCCAUAUUGGCAGAAAUAUAUCCCUAAAGCACUGCUGCUGGUAUUUGUAGUCGACUCGUCCAACCCGCAGCUCUUUCCAGUGGCAAAGAAACACCUACACGAGCUGCUGGCCUCUCGUCCAAGCCUGCCUUUAAUGGUGCUGGCCAACAAACAGGACCUUCCAGGUUCCUGCGGCAUCACUGACCUCCACGACGCUCUGUCUCUGUCCGAGCUCGGCGACCGGCGCUUGUUCCUCAUCGCUACCCACGUGAAGAAGGGCGAGACAGAGCUGAGCUCUGGCGUGCAGGACGCUCAGGCCCUGAUCUCCCAGUUGGUUUGUGACGGUUUAUGAAACGCACUGUUAACUCCUGUCACUUAAUCACAUUCAGUGAGCUCUUUGCACUUUUUUUUAAACUUUACUGUUUUCACUACGUUUGUAGGCUAAACCUCUGGUAUUUAUUUCUGUUGGUAUUUCACGUUUGUGAGGAGAAAAAAACCCCUCACUGUUUGUUGGCCUGUUAAAUUUUUUUUAUUGAUUUGUGUCAAACUGGGAGAACACAAAACCAUUAUCUCUAUUUUUGUCCCAGCAGGUGAUGUGUGGAGCCACAAAUGUUAACAUUUACAAGACUGUUACUGUGGUUUAAAUUUUUAAUUCCUUCUAAUGUUGUUUGGAGCUGCAAUUGCAGUAGUUUUCAAAUCGAUCUUAAUGAUUUAAAUGUGUCAGCGUAUUUCAUACUUGCAUACAAAUCUCAAGCUGCUUAAAUUCGUCAUAUCAGCUGAGACAAGUGGCCCAAACUAACUUU